UCUAUGCAAAGUUUAGAUAUGUUUUGGUUAUGCAACAAGAUUUGUCAACACAAAGGUCAACCUGUUUCUGGCCAGCAUAUCUAAUGUUCGAAGGCCAUGUGAUAACAGACAAACAGUUAAGAAUGAACUUAACACAAUCAUUCUUAACUACCGAUGUUUUAAAAUGUUUUAUUAGUGAAUGUAAUGUAUAUGUAGUUACAUAUUAGUUUAGCAAAAGUAAUGCAGCUGCGCAUCAUGUCCAGUAGAUGGCGUCAAAUAACACUUCUCUCUAAAUGAUUGUAAACAACACAAAGCCAACAACACAAAUAAGGAGACAGGCUUAUGGUUUGGUUUUCCCUUAUCUAUUAUGUAUUUUGUAUUUCUUUCCAGUAUGCUUGUACAAAGACUAAAGUCCAUUAGUUUCAUGUCUUAGGUAAACGGGGUCCAGCUGUAGCUUAUCUCGUGAUGUUCUAGAAGCAAGUUAUUAUUUACAUUGGGUGGUGGACGGUCUUAUAAACAUGAUGGUAUUUACUGUUAGUAAAACCAAAACAACCGACAUUUGAAAUUCCUUAAACAUCCCAUCAUCACUGCACGCGACACUGAACGAACGCUUUCAUUAUUAAAAUACGCUACGCGUCCUUCGUCACCGCCCAGCUGACCAAUCAAAGCUUUUGUUUAUGCGAGCGCUGCGUCGCUGGCGCGUAGAGAAGGUGGGGCUCUGACGCAGUGCUGCUGCUGUGAACAUUCACUGCUGGCUGCAUGCGCAGAGAAUAGACGGAGACACACAAGGAAAGACUACUGCAGUCACCCCUGCCCUCCUUUUAUUCUAACUCACUGGAUAUGUCUUAGAUUUUUUUCUCUCAUGUGGUAUCAAAGGACGCGCUGGCGGAAUCGCCAGCCACACGAACUGGGACUUUUGAUGUGCGCGUGCGGUUUUUAUUCUGUGGUCUGUGGCGCAUAUUACGAGGAUUCGUGAAAGGACGCAGCCCAGCCUUGUUUUCCUGAAUGCAAUUGAACAUAUUUUCGGAUGAAGAUGAAAUCGGCAUGGUCUAAAUGUUGGUUUCAUCUGGAUUGCUGUGCGGACAACCCGAAUCGAUAAAGUAAGUGAUAGCAGCACAAUGCUGCCUAGUUGAUUGAUCACUGUGCUCAGUGAGAACAAGAAGGAGGAGCACGGCUUCGAUACGAUGGCUGAGGAGCAUAACCUGAAGACAGCUAAAUUAUGGAGGGAUGCGGCUUUGCGCUCCAGGAAGCUGAGGAGCAAUCUGAGACACCUGACUCUCAGCACCAAAAACUGCCAGAAAAUUACAUUACCCGAGGACAUAAAGGAGAUCGAGGUCCUCAAUCUGGGCAAUAACUCUCUUCAGGAGCUUCCAGAGGGAUUGGGCUCAACCCUGAAUGGGCUUCGCAUCCUCAUCCUUCGUCGGAACAAGUUUGCAACUGUUCCCACUGCAGUAUUUCAACUUAGUAAGCUUGUUGAAUUAGAUAUCAGUCACAACUGCUUGAAUCACUUUUCAGAAGAUAUUGAUCUUCUCAAGGGGCUUAAAAAGUUGAGCAUCUGUCAUAACAAAAUCCAGUACCUGCCAUCUCAGAUUGGGACAUUGCAAAGUCUGGAAGAACUUGACAUCAGCUUCAAUGAGCUGCAUGAUUUCCCCAGGUCCUUUUCACAGCUCAGGAAGCUCAGAACGCUCGAUGUGGAUCAUAACAAGCUACAGCGUUUCCCUUCUGAAAUACUUGCCCUUCCUGAUCUGGAGGAGCUUGACUGCUCUGGGAAUAAACUAGAGGGUCUUCCAGGUAACAUCAUGAUGCUCCAAUCUAUUAAAAUCUUGUGGCUCAGCAGCACUCGCCUCUCGUUUUUGCCUGAAACAUUCUGUGAGCUACAGAAUUUGGAGAGCCUGAUGCUUGAUAAUAAUUUCCUCACAAGCCUGCCACAAUCGUUUGGGAAACUGCAGAAGCUGAAAAUGCUCAAUCUCUCCUCAAAUUGUUUUGAACAUUUUCCUCAGGUUAUCUUCAAACUCACCAGUUUGGAGGAGUUGUACUUAAGCCGGAAUAAACUGACGUUCCUCCCUGAGGAGGUAGGACAGCUGUGCAAUCUUGCUAAUUUGUGGUUGGACAACAAUAGCAUAACGUUUCUCCCGGACUCUAUUGUAGAGUUAGGGAAAUUGGAGGAACUGGUUUUACAGGGUAACCAAAUCGCCAUCCUCCCAGACAAUUUCGGAAAACUUGUCAAAGUCAGCAUUUGGAAGGUGAAAGACAAUCCUCUCAUUCAGCCUCCGUAUGAAGUCUGCAUGAAGGGGAUCCCCUACAUAGCUGCCUAUCAGAAGGAGCUUGCACAUUCCCAACCUGCUGUGAAACCCAGGCUUAAACUGGUUUUGAUGGGUCAGAGAAAUGCAGGGAAAACCACACUCAGACAGUGCAUUGUCAACAAACCGUCAGACGCCAAGAUGGCCAUUGUAUGUAGGGGUAUUGACGUGACGAACUGGGUAGCGGAUGCAGAUCGGAGUCUUACAUUCAUUGUAUAUGAUUUAUCUGGUAAACAGAACUAUGAUCUUAUCAAACCCUUUUUCCUCUCUCCUGGAGCACUUUAUGUUUUGGUGGUCAAUCUGAGAUUGUACACAUCAAAGAGCUUCUACUCCCUUGUUGGCAGUUUCCUUCACUUGCUUAGUGCCAAGGUGCCACAUGCAGUUGUGUGCAUUGUAGGGACCCACAGUGACUUGUGUGAAGAGGUCGAGGUUGAAGAAAAGUGCCUGGAUAUUCACAGGCAGAUUUCGCUCCAGGAAAAAACAGACACUGAGUGCCUACAAGUGCUUGCCCUGCAGGUUGACGAAGCCCUUGAGCAAGGUUUCGACGUCCGGACUUCUAGCCCCCAUGUUCUCUUUUAUGGGGUCACAGAUAAAAACUUGAGACGUAAAAAGUCUCAGUUGCAAUAUAUGCUCAACAAUCGACUACAAAUACUGUCUCCCGUGAUUUGCGUCAGUUGCUUGGCGGCGCAAAGAAACAUCCAGCAUUUGAAAGAGAAGCUCAUGUCUGUCGCCGAUCACAGGGAGAUUUUCCCCAAUCUUCACAGAGUCCUGCCAAAAUCAUGGCAGAUGCUUGAGGAACUGCAUUUUAAACCACAGGAUUUAUGGCUUUCUUGGUGGGAUUCGGCUCGGUUGGGCCUUCAGGCUGGGCUGACGGAGGACCGCCUGCAAAGCGCGCUCUCGUACCUAAAUGAGAGCGGUAAACUUUUGUACUUCGAAGACAGCAUGACGUUGAAGGAAUACGUCUUCCACAAUCUACCCCGGUUUAUCGCCAUCUUGAAUGUGUUUUUUCAGAGAGACCUCGCUGCAAUGCUUGAGAAACUACAGGCUGAAGGAGACGAUGGAGAUAAUGGCAGGUCUACACAGAUGCACGGUCACGUGGAGGGUUUUCUGUUGCAUGGCCUUCUGCCAUCAAAUGUGAUUCGAUUGCUGCUUAAACCCCUGGUACAGACACAGAAGGACUUGCACCUGAUCAUGGAACUGCUGGAAAAGAUGGGCGUCUGCUACUGUGUCAACAAACCUCCAGGCAAGCCGCUUAAUGGGGCCACCGUCUGGUAUAAGUUUCCCAGUCAGGUCAGCAAAGAGGAGUCCCAUCCUGAGGCCUUGGGAAGUAGGGGAUCGUCGAUCCCUGGUCAGAUCUUCUCGGUUGAGCAGCUACAGAUUGAAUACAGGUUUCCUUUCUUCACCCCUCUUGGACUUUUUUCACGGUAUAGCGUGCAAAUCAACAGCCAUGUGGUGCAGCGGUCCGAUAGAAAACAUCACAUCUUUGCCUAUCGGGGUAAAGUGCCUGUGACAGUGAGUUACCGGCCCUCUCUGAGCAGAUUGCAGCCUGAGACCCUCUCCAUUUCCAGCCAUGCAUCCUUGCCAAAUAUCUGGACAGCUUGGCAAGCCAUUAUUCCCCUAGUGGAAGAGUUAAAUGUUCUUCUGCAGGAAUGGCCUGGCCUUCACUACUCUCUGCAUGUCCUGUGUUCCAAGUGCCUGAAGAGAGGGUCCCCCAAUCCCCAUUCAUUUCCAGGUGAGCUGUUAAGCCAGCCCCGACCUGAGGGACUUACUGAGAUCAUCUGCCCCAAGAAUGGCUCGGAGCGGGUCAACGUGGCACUAGUUUACCCUCCAACCCCGACUCUGGUCAGCCCCGGUCAUAAAUGACAUUGACUUCAUCUGCACUUACCUGCCUGUGAAUGUCUUUUGCCUAUAUCUUACAUCGCACAUAUACACACAAACAUGUAAAUGUGUGUAUUUGUGUGUGCAAAAGCGUGCACACGCUUUCUUUUCUGGAUACCUGACAAGUGCAAAGAAGGUUCAUAAUGGAGCUUGCCAUUGGGAGGACAUCAUAUCAGGACGUGCAUACAGGUGUUCAGCUCCAACUGCCAACACACGAACUGAAGUAUUUGUAACUGUUGCACUGACAUACUGUUUUUGUCUAUGUACACCUAAAGCUUUUUCAGUCACCCUGAGCCUUCCUCGACACUUUAAGCCUUUCAACAUGAGAUCAGCUGUUCCUCUGCAAGUUCUUGGAAGUUUCCAUUUGAUGCAUCUCUUGGACUGAAACUACACCUUGUGCUGCUGGGUGUCAAGUGGUUAAAGGGAUACUCCACCCUAAAAUGAAAAUGUUGUCAUUAAUCACUUACCCUCAUGUCGUUUCAAACCCAUAAAAGCUUUGUUCAUCUUCGGAACACAAUUUAAGAUAUUUUGGAUGAAAACCGGGAGGCUUGUGACUAGGAAAUUACACUGUCAAGGUCCAGAGAAGUAUGAAAAACGUUGUAAGAAUAGUCCAUCUGCCAUCAGUAGUUCAACCGUUAUGUUAUAAAGUGACGAAAAUCCUUUUGUAUGCGAAUAAAACAAAAAUAAUGACUUUUAUUCAACAAUUGUUCUCCUCUGUGUCAUCCACAUCAGCGUAGUGCCAGUUUGCAAAAAGUAUUGUCGUCGUUUCAUAACAUUUACCGCUGAUGGAAGAUGCUUUACAAACUUUUCUGGACCUUGACAGAGUAUUUUACUUGGCAGACU